UUUUUAUGAUUAUUAUUUCUAGCCGUAUUGUGAUCGGCUUCGGAUGGUGAUGGUUUCCAACUUGGAGAAGGUGUCAGACCUAUUUAAGGUUUGUUAUGUUGAUGCGUUUAAUGCAUCUGCCGGUUCCCCUCUGCCAAGUUUAACAAAUGGACCGUUCCUCGGUAUUUCCGAUGUCGAUGCCCAGGCGGCCAUUUUGAAUUCGUAUCCUCCAACCGGUCAGCCCGCCGCCAUCUUGAAUUCUGAAGCUUCUCCCUCCAAUUUCUCAAUUCAAAAUUCGGACCCGUCAUCAGCUGUUUCCGGGUCAAAUCACGUGACAAGCUCUGGUGAAGUUUAUCCGACAGCUGAAGUUCACAAUAAUGGAUCUUAUACAAAUAAUGGCUCCUCUUGAUAUAUGUAUUGAUCGCAAUAAUGUGAAACCAACUCAAACCAAAUAAAAUAUUGUUAAAAAAA